GACUCGAAUUAAGCCGCGCGGGGAUGGAUUCGGCGCCGGCGCUUCCGAGUUCCUCAGUAUCUGAAGCGAUGACGGCGGCGGAGGAUCUGAAAUCUCAGGAAACCUUUGACAGCGAAACCGAUAGUGGACAGGGCAGCUGUGAAGUAAAUUCUCCAGUACGGAUGUGCGAGAGAACUGCUUCUUCUGGAGAUGAUGGAGAGUCUGAUGAAGAAAUUUAUGUAAGUAAGAGAAUCCGAAGUAAGAAGGUGCUUCCCGACAGUGAGAGUGAAGGGGAAGAUGUUUUGCACACAGCAUUGGAGGCUGCGGCCAGGAAUGCAAAAAGUGCAGAGGAAAACAAUAAAUUUGCUUCUAAGGAUAAAAUAUUGCAUUGCAUCUACAAGGCUCCACUAGACAGUGAUGAAAGUGAUGCCGACAACCCGUUGCACAAUGAGAACCUUCCAACAAAUUCACAGCCUGGCUCACCUGGGCUUGCGUUUGCGACAUCAGCAAUGCCAGGGAGAAAGAGCAAGAGCUGCAAAGCUGGCCAGGCAGAGCGAAUGGAUGAAGAAGAAAAGGGCCAUCAAAGGAGGAGGAGAACGGAGAAAGAGAAGAAAAUGAAGGCCAUUAGACAGAUGACAAAGAAGAAAAGGAAACGAAAGCAAAAGUGGGGAGAGGGAGAACACCCAUCAACGCAGUCUCACAUUCUAUGUUUUGUGGUCCAGGAGGAGGAGGAGCUGCCUCUUGAGGACAGCGGGUGUCUCUUGACUGAUAAAGACCUCUUUGAGAAUGGCUUGGAGGAUGAGGAGGAGGACUCCUUCCAAGAAGACCCAGAGUCACUGGAGGCAAUAAAAGCAGCAACGAAACAGAAAAUGAAAAAACAGAAACAACUGUUUACAGGGAGUGACGAUGACAAGCAUGUGCUGGAUGAAUAUGAGGGACCAUUGUUAAAGGAGCCUAAGAAGGAGCGGAAGGCAGCCAAAUUAAGUAAAGAAGCCAUCAAACGACUACAUAGUGAGACUCAGCGGCUUGUUAGAGAAUCCAGCAUAUCUCUCCCAUAUCACAUACCAGAAGCCAAAAGCAUCCAUGAAUUCUUCAAACGCAAACCUCGUCCUGCCUUCCAAGGAAGUGCUAUGACUUUGCUCAAAUCAGCAAAAUAUCAGCCCAGGCUAGAUGAAGAAAGGGCUGUUCCCAAGAUCCCAGGUGUCACCUGCAACAGUAGUGGAGAAGAAACCGAACGUCCAGCAACACAGGGAAUAGAAGCAGGACUUGGCCCAGAAGUUUCAGCCAUCACAAAUUUAAAUGUUGCCAGAUCUGUUUCUGGGGAAGGGGAGAGUUUGACAGCAAAUUAUCCUGAGCAACACGGACAGGACUGCGGUUCCAAAGCUGAAAGCCAUACAGAGGAAACCAGUUCUGAGAAGCAAGGAGAAUCUAACCUAAUCGGUUCUGAAUGCACCGAACUGGUGGCAAAUAAAGCGGAGGAAAAAGCACUUGAACCAGAAGAGGAGCAGUCGCCUGAAAUGUACGUAGAGCCCAAAGUACCUGUACAGCCCCCAGCAGCAGUCUCGGCGGUUCCAGGUGAAAAAUCGAAGAAGUCCAAGCUAGAUCGCCUUCGGGAGAUGGGGUUGGACCUGACGAUAAAGCCUCAAAUCCCUUCCGGGGAUGAUUCAUUUAUUAAUCUUGAUGAGCCAGAAUCAAACAGAGAAUUGGAAGCUUUGAAAGAACGUUUUGUGAAGCAUGCACUUCACACAACCAAACCGAAAACAGAACGGGUAGUGAACAUGAGUGUUAUUCGCAAAGAGGUGACAAACGAGGGCAAAGAGGAGCUGAAAGCCGGGGUGGUACCCGUGAUUCUCGUUGCAGAGAGUGUAGAAGAGGCAGUCCACGCAAAGCCAGGUGAAAAGUUGCAAGUGCUGAAGGCUAAACUCCAGGUGGCCAUGAAGCUCCGUAGGACGGAGGAACGCCUCAAGCGACAAGCACUGUUUAAACUGGAUAAUGAGGAUAUGCUGGAGGAAGAGGAGGAGGAGGAAGAAAUGACAGACGAGUCAGAGGAAGAAGAGGAAGAAGGCAACGAGGAGACUGCAGAUUUUCUUCUUGGAGAGGCAGAAGAGGACAGUGAGGAGCUUGAAGAACAAAGCCUUGAUGAUGGCGACAAGGAGACAGACAAAGAAUUGGUGGAUGAAGAGCACGCGGCCAAAUCACGGCUCUGCAGGGCUCUUCCUAAACUAGCCCCCACUGAGUCGACGCUGCUGCUUUUCAAGGAUAACUCUUCAAAAACGGGAUAUUCUCUUCCAGGUGAGAAAGCUGAGGUGGAAGAUAAAAGGCCUGACAAGCCAGAAGAUGAAGAUUCCUUUUUGCUGCCGACCUUGGCGAAGGAAAACAGCCACAACAGCAGCUUUGAGCUGAUUGGGUCCAUGAUCCCCUCCUACCAGCCCUGCAACAAGCACACAGCUCGGGGAGGCAGCUUCCUUUCCACUGUCAGCAGCAUCCGUUCUCCUUCCCCCGGCUUUUUCAAAGCGGGCUUUAUUAGUUCUGCAUCCAAGAGUUCAGGAAAGGCGUCUGAGCCUUCUCUUCCCAUAGAGGACUCCCAAGACCUCUACGAUGCUACUCCUGAAGAGAAAAGCCCCGUUCCGGCCGCUGCCAGGUUUCAAUUCCAAUUCUCCCUAGAAGACGGCACUCAGAGUCAGCUGCUUGAUGCAGAUGGGUUCUUGAAUGUUGGCCAUCACCGGAAUAAAUACCAGUCUUCCAAGAGCCACCUUCCUUUGGCUAGCAUGGACGAGAAUGCAAUGGAUGCGAACAUGGAUGAACUCUUAAACCUCUGUUCUGGCCAGUUUGCCUCCCAGAACAAGCACCCCCCUAAUGCUGAUAGCAGCAAGAAACAGAACAUGGAGGAACUGCUCAGUCUUUGCUCCGGGAAGUUCGCGUCUCAGGAUUCUCCCACUCAGACCUCAUCAGCAUCUUCUCAGCUGAAAAAAGAGAGCAGCUUGGAUCCCAUGGCUGAAGCGCUCGCUCUUUGCUCUGGCUCCUUCCCAACAGACAGGGAAGGGGAAGAUGAAGAGGAGGAAGAGUCUGGAGACUUCCAGUUUUUAACAGAUGACCAUGCAUUUGACAGCGAAGACGAUGAUAAGAGCAAAAGAAAUGAGGAGAAAGAGGAGAGUGAACAGGAGGAAGAGGAGAGUGAAGAUGAAGUCGAUGACGAUGACGAAGAGGAGGUGUUGCGACAAAGAGAAGGAGUGAAGAAGAAAUUUAAAUUGCAGGACUUCAUGGAGGACGAGGCUGAGCUGUCAGGAAGUGACAUGGGAAGUGAGGAUGAAUAUGACGGCGAGGAGCUCGACGAGUACGAAGAAGAAGUCCUUGACGAGGAGCUUCCUACCCCUGUGGAACUCCAGGACCAAGUCAACAAAAUACACAUGAAGGUGAUGCUGGAUGAAGACAAGCGGCAGCUCCGCAUGUAUCAGGAGAGGUACCUUGCCGAUGGAGACCUACAUAGCGAUGGCCCUGGGCGAGCAAGGAGGUUCCGGUGGAAGAACAUAGAUGAUUCUUCUCUGAUGGAUAUGUUCCACCAAGAAGCUGAUGAUGGAGAGGAAAAUGAAGAGCAUCUCGAUGAGACAGAGGCUAAGUGGAGGAAGGAACGCUUUGAGCGGGAACAGUGGCUCCGUGAACAGUCAGAGAAAGGAGAAAAGGAAGAGGAGGACGUUGGUGAAGACAGCCAGUUCAUGAAACUAGCUAAGAAACUGACUGAAAAAUCCCGACAAAAGAAAGCACCCCCAGUAAUAGUAGCCCAGGAAACAAGAUUGAUACCCAGGAAUCCAUUUGAAACUUUACAGUCUGCCAGCAACCCACAGCUAAAGAAUGGAUCACUGCUGAAUAGGCCUAAAGCAGUCCUGCAGAGAUUGUCAGCGAUGUCGGACCUCAACCCAAAUGCCCCCCGGAACUCGCGCAAUUUUAUCUUUCAUACCCUUUCCCCUGAGAAGAGUGAGGAGACGAGGGAGAAGUCCAAGCCCCAGGGGAAGAAACGAGCUCCCGUUCCCACUGCAACCCCCUCUCCCAAGCGGCUUCGGCUGGAUGGCGCUUCUGCUCAAGAAACCCGGAGUAUAUUCCAGUUCUUGGAACGGUAG